AUGUGGUGGAGCCUGUGUCAGCUCUCUCCUUUGAUCCUGUCUAUAUUCUCACUGGCUUUAGCAGCACACCAGACCACAGUGACAGCAUGCAGGGAGUUCGAGGCAUUGCCUUCCCAGAGAAGAAGCAGCAGAGAUGUUAAAUCUCCGGCUGCUGCCAACUGUCAGCUGAGCCAGUGGUCAGAAUGGACUGAUUGCUUUCCUUGCCAAGAGAAAAAACACCGCUACCGGAGACUGGCACAGCCUGCAGGGUUCACGGGGCGGCGAUGCACGGGGAGCCUCUGGGACGAGCAAGCUUGCCGUGCUGAGACGACAUGCACUGGACCCUCCAGCUGUGGGAAGGACUUCCAGUGUGAGGAAUCAGGUCGCUGUAUUAAACGGCAUCUCGUGUGCAACGGAGAGAAUGACUGCAGAAAUGGGUCUGAUGAGGAAAACUGUGAGGAUGAAUAUAUUGAAAGCCCUUGUGAAGAUCUAUUCCCAAUCCCCGGGUCUGAAAAAAUAACCCAAGGAUACAAUAUCCUGACACGGGAAGAGACACGGCAAGUAUACGAUCGUAUGUUUUUAGGAGGCCACUGUGAGUAUGUCUACAACGGAGAGUGGCGGGAGCUGAAGUACGAUGUUGCCUGCGAGCGCCUCUACUAUGGAGAGGAUGAGAAGUAUUUCCGCAAACCUUACAACUUUCACCUAUACCAAUUCCUAGCUCGUGCUGAUUCUGGAUUUGCUUUUGAGUUUUAUGAUGAUUCAAAGGAUCUGCUUCGUGCCCUUAAAACUGAAACAUCUGACUCAUUUGGCUUUACCUUUGGAAUUGGGCCUGCGCGUGCAGGCGUACAGGUCAACCUGGGCUUGACUUUAUCACAUGGCAAAGAAACCGUGAAGAAUUUCACAGACUAUACUGCAAAGAAUCUUGGCUUUAUUAGAGCUGUGACAAAGGUGCAGACAGCCCGUUUCAAGAUGAGAAAGGACAACAUUGUUUUGGAUGAAGAUAUGUUGCUCUCCCUGCAGGACCUUCCAGACACCUACAACUAUGGCAUGUAUUCCAAAUUCAUCGACGACUAUGGCACCCAUUUCAUGACAUCUGGCACUAUGGGAGGCAUCUUUGAGUUCAUCCUUGUCAUCAAUAAGGAUGAAAUGCGAAGAAAAGACGUAACAAAAGAGGACGUCUCUAGCUGUAUUGGUGGGUCACUUGGUCUUUCAAUCAGCAAGGGGUUACUGAAUGUGGAACCAUCUGUGCAAUUUUCUCGCUGCAGACCGGAAGGAUUUAUGAGAACUGAUUCUAAGAGCAACAGUGCAGUUGUGGAAGAUAUUAUUCCCCGGAUUAGAGGUGGAGAUACCAGUUACAGCGGAGGGCUCUUAAACAGUUGGGAUGGUACUAUGUAUCGUCGCUGGGGAAGGUCAUUAAAAUAUAAUCCUUCUGUUAUUGAUUUUGAGCUGCAGCCCAUCCACGAAAUUCUCCGCAGAACCAACCAUGGUGACAUGGAAAACAAACGGCAAAACCUGAAACGGGCUCUGGACGAAUACUUGUUGGAGUUCAACCCCUGUCGCUGCGGAUCCUGCCACAACAAUGGUGAACCCGUUUUGGUGGGAGACACAUGUCAGUGCCAGUGUCGCCCAGGUUACCAAGGUCCUUCCUGCAAUCAGAGUUCGCGCCAAGGUGAUAAAAUAGACGGGCACUGGAGCUGCUGGUCAAGCUGGUCUCCCUGCCAGGCAGGCACGUCGCAGCGCAGCCGGCAGUGCACCAACCCGGCCCCGCAGCACGGAGGGCAGCCCUGUACUGGGAGGAACCAGCAGAGUGAAGAUUAUAUUCACCCAGAGAGGAAUUGCGCCCAAGGGUUUGUAUCUGAUGUCUUCUGUGUUAGAAAAAUGCAGCAGCAUGAAGCACCCACAGACUGGUAUGAUUUAGACAUCCCAGAGGAAUAUGAAAUGUAG